AUGUCCACAGAACAUCAAGAAGCCGAUAUCGACUCCAUAGUCGACAGAUUGUUGGAAGUCAGGGGUUCCAGACCUGGUAAGCAAGUUACCCUUUUGGAGCACGAAAUCCGUUACCUCUGUACCAAGGCAAGAGAAAUCUUCAUCCAGCAACCAAUUCUUUUAGAAUUGGAGGCCCCAAUCAAAAUCUGUGGUGAUAUUCACGGACAAUAUUAUGACUUGUUACGACUCUUUGAAUACGGUGGAUUCCCUCCUGAAGCCAACUACUUGUUUCUUGGGGAUUACGUCGACAGAGGUAAACAAUCAUUGGAAACCAUCUGUUUGUUGUUAGCUUACAAAAUCAAAUAUCCAGAAAACUUCUUCAUCUUGAGAGGUAACCACGAGUGUGCUUCCAUCAACAGAAUUUACGGUUUCUACGAUGAAUGUAAAAGAAGAUACAAUAUCAAGUUGUGGAAGACUUUUACCGAUUGUUUCAACUGUUUACCAAUUGCUGCCAUCAUUGACGAAAAGAUCUUCACUAUGCAUGGUGGUUUAUCUCCAGACUUGAACUCCAUGGAACAAAUCAGAAGAGUCAUGAGACCAACCGAUAUCCCUGAUGUGGGAUUGUUAUGUGACUUAUUAUGGUCCGAUCCUGAUAAGGAUAUCACUGGAUGGUCGGAGAACGAUAGAGGUGUAUCGUUUACCUUCGGUCCAGAUGUGGUCUCUAGAUUUUUACAAAAACACGAUAUGGAUCUUAUUUGCAGAGCUCAUCAAGUGGUGGAAGAUGGUUAUGAAUUUUUCUCUAAGAGGCAACUUGUUACUCUUUUCUCAGCACCAAACUAUUGUGGUGAGUUUGAUAACGCUGGUGCUAUGAUGAGUGUGGAUGAAAGUUUAUUGUGUUCUUUCCAAAUAUUGAAACCAGCUGAUAAGAAACCAAGAUUCCCUCCUUCUAAUGUUGCUAACAACAGACCAGUGUCUACCCCAAGAAAGCCAAAGAAGGGCAGCAAAUAA